CCAGUUAAACAAUUCGUUGAGUUUGCUACGCGUACAUCAAAAUAUUUNAAAAAAUUUAUUUGCAUCGCCCAUAAUGCGAAAGCAUUUGACGCUCAAUUUAUUCUUCGAUAUGUAGUUGAAAGCGGUAUUAAUUUAGAACCUAAAGUAAUUUUAAACGGAACAAAAAUAAUUCUAAUGUCUGUAGGNCGUACAAAAUUUGUAGACAGUGUUAAUUAUAUACCUAUGAAAUUAACGGAGCUACCAAAGGCUUUCGGACUGACAGUUACAUCCGAUAAAGGUAUUUUUCCCCACUUAUUUAACACUAUCGAGAAUCAAUCAUAUGUCGGUUCGUUACCCGAUGUAAAAUAUUACUCUCCGGAAACAAUGAAAUCUGAUGAACGCGAACGUUUUUUAAAAUGGCAUAAGAUGACGCAAAAUAAAGUCGUUUUCGAUUUUCAGCAUGAAAUAAUACGCUAUUGCCGUACCGAUGUCGAUAUUUUACGUCAGGCCUGUAUAGCUUUUUGAAAAAUCUUUCUUGAUCGCGGUAAUGUUUGCCCNUUUGAGGAAUGCACAACUAUUGCUUCUUCAUGUAUGACAGUUUUUCGUNAAAACUUUCUGCGAAAAAAAGAAAUAGGUAUUAUCCCUUCGGGAGGGUAUAGAAUGGUAAACAAACAAUCACGCAAAGCUCUACAAUGGUUACUGUGGAUGGAGCACGUGCUUAGUCAAAGUAUAAUUUAUGCGGGUAAAGGUCGUGAAUAUAGAUUAAUUGACGGUACGUUAGUUGACGGAUAUUAUGAAACGGCAAAUCCAGCACACCGGCAUGUUUUACAAUUUCACGGGUGCUUCUGGCACGGAUGCCCUAAGUGCUUUAGAAUAAAUCGCGAUAGACCGCUUUCGUCACAUCGAGAAGAUACAAUAGACUCACGUUAUGAACGAACUCUCGCCACAACGUAUCGUCUUCGAAAACGGGGAUACAUUGUUACAGAAAAGUGGGAGUGUGAUUUCGUUUGUGAAAUACGCGAAAAUCAAAAUCUUAAGAAUUUCGUCUCAAGACAACACGUGAUAACUCCUCUUAAUCCGCGCGAUGCGUUUUACGGAGGACGCACGGAAAAUAUUGUAACGCAGUAUGAGAUUGCUGGAACAGAAAAGAUAAGCUAUGUCGAUGUAUGCUCUUUAUAUCCUUAUGUUUUAAAAACAGGAGUUUUCCCAAUCGGUCACCCCGAUAUUUAUGUAGGAGAAAAAUGCUCGGUUUUAAUUGGUGAAGCUCCGAAUUAUGAUUUUUCCAAUGUCGAAGGACUUGUGCGUUGUAAGGCUCUUCCUCCACGCGAUCUUUUUCACCCCGUUCUUCCGUAUCGCNCGCACGGUAAAUUGUUAUUUGCCUUAUGCCGUAGCUGUUGCGAAACGCUCUCACAAGACGCCUGCGCACAUGAACAUUCAAAAGAUCGUGAAUUUGAAGGUACAUGGGUGUCAUGCGAAUUACUUAAAGCUAUUGAAAAAGGUUAUCGCGUGACGAAACGUUCUAAUCUUCCAAAUACAGAGGUUGUUAAAACGCGUCAGCGGCUCCUGGAGUUACUCGCAAGUCUUGAACAUGAAAUAAUUGACAUGUUACCCGUGAACGAUGACAUGAUGUACAUUUCGUGGCGGCUGAGACGCGAGGCAGUCAUACCCUCUCCAUUGACGAACGUCGUAAUAGCAGCUUACACAACAGCGCAAGCCCGUUUAAAAUUAUAUGAAUAUUUAGAGCAACUAGAUCAACGUGUUCUAUACUGCGAUACCGACUCAUGUAUAUAUUUGAGCAACGACGUUCCUUGCGAAUAUGAGCCGCUUACGGGAAAUUUUUUGGGCGACAUGACCGACGAGCUUGAGAGUUAUGGGCGAGAUGCUAGUUUGCUUAUAGGAAGAGCAAAGAUUAGUCCUGGAAUAUUACUAGAGCAUGCGCGAAUGCUGAGCAAAACUACCGCCAAAUAUCCUCUUACCCGAGACAAAGUUAAAACAUUCACUAUUCACUCUGGUGUUGUGGGUGAAACAUUAGAUAAUGUAAUACUCGGUCAACUACUAAAACGGAUAAUAAUCGGAUUUGUUGAUAACAAAGCUUUUAACGGCGGUAGAAAAUUAAAUCCGUUUAAUUUCAAAAAUUAUAAUAUAAAUUUCUUCUCGUUGUAUGUGGACGGCACGCAGGUUCCCAGCAGACCUCUACAGCCGUUAUUUUCGCAAAAUGCAAAACUUUAUGUCGAAGCAUAUUAUACUUUAUUUUCGGGAACUGGUAUUCAUUUCCUGAAUGAAGGAAAUUCUAUAAGCAGAAACGCUUAUGCUGAAGGUUACACGCUUUUCGCUUUUGAUCUUACUCCAGAUCUAUCGGCUAAUUGCGCCGGACAUUGGAAUCUUGUAAAACAUGGUAGUUUACGCUUAGAAGUACGAUUUGAAAAACCGCUUGACACUACCAUUAACUGCAUCGUCUACGCCGAAUUCGAUAAUAUUCUAGAAAUCGACUCUUCACGUCAAGUUAUCGUCGAUUUUAGUGGUUAG